UUUUCAAAGAAAUUUAAAACUGAGAGUUAAUUUGUAAUUGUUUGUUAAGAAAUUCAGUUAUCUCUAUAUAACUUUUUAAACAUGUAUCCAAUAACGUGGCAUCCCUGUAACCCUUACGUUUGCUCCAAAACAUCCGAGGGGGCCACGAAGCGGUAAAAAAUAUGCAUUGGUAUUUUAGCUUUCGCAUUUUUUGACUUAAUCAUUGUUGUUGCAUUUAUUAUUCUGUCAUUCUGUUGCUAUAUAAAAAUUGAAUUUUGCCCGGCAGCAGAAAAACGCACGUAAUCUCGUUCGGAAGCCACGGAAGCUGUCAAAGGCGGCACCGUUGUCGUCAUCAACAAUUAAGUAAUUCUGUGUAAAAGUCAUUCUGCAAGCGGCAUACAAAACAACAAUACAAAAACCACAUAGCUAAAUUGGGCAUAAGCGAUAGCUUACUAUUGGAAUGCGAGUCAACGCCUAAAAACAAACGAAACUAAGCUGCAACAAUGUUUGUAAUUUAAGCUAAUAUAUCAUAGUUUAAGAAACGAAAGCAUAGUCAUUGAGUUUUGUAAGCAGUCAAUGCACUGCCGAAUUCGAGUUGGAACAGAACGAAGUUGAAGUGUAAAGGAAAGUGAGCUGUUAUAAAUAAAUAUUGAAGCAAUAGAGCACAGCGCAAUAAGAUGGGUGCUAUAUUGGCCAAGUUCAGGAAAGAAAAGUCCACCGCAGCGGUACUCGAGGGACUGGAGGAGAAAAUCACACAAAUAGAAAAAUAUACAUUGAAUACACAGGAGCAAAAACGACGCAUUGUAGGCAAUUUUCUUGCUACAUCAAUUGGCAUUUAUGUGAUCGCAUUUAUUGUUUUUUACUUUGUAUACUUUCCGCCGACAUGGCGAGAGCGAAUCGUUUACUCAGUGCCAUUACUUAUAUUCCCAUUUGUUAUAAUACUCCUGCGACGUUUAUUUACGUGGUACUUCGAGCGAAAGUUGAAUAAAAACUCUAAUAAGCUGACAGCGUUGCAUACAGAAAAAAAGAAAAUAUUAGAGCAGGUCAUGGAUAAGGAGACAUACAAGGUUGCAGUAAAACUCCUAGCCAAGUAUGGGGACAAAACUAAUGGUCAGAAGUCAUUUUAUGCUUUGACUCCGCGUCCACCGACUGUCAGUAACUUGAGUGCAGCAUCCCAACGCCUCGCCAUUGGACAAACGCCAAAUGCGCCUGCAACUACAGGUAGUCUACAAGAUCUACGAGUGCGUUCAACAUUGAGUUCCUCGUCGCUUUCGGCUACACCACGUCAGCUCUCCAGCCUACGCAGUUCACCGGCCGCACCGUUAGCCGGCGCUCAGUCGCUAUUGCCACGUGCACCACUCCCAAUUACACCGCAAAGACGACCGAUUGGACAGGAAUUGGGCAAACGUACACCUUUCCCAAUUGUCAAUCAGCAGGGCAAGGGUGUAUUGGAACGUAUUGUUGAUGUACUUAUUGGCGAUGGUCCAAAGGAUCGCUUCGCUAUGAUUUGCAAAGAGUGUUUCGCGCAUAACGGUAUGGCACUAAAAGAAGACUUUGAUUACGCCACAUUUCGUUGCGCUUUUUGCAAUGCACUGAAUCCAGCACGUAAAGCACGCCCCAUUGCACCGCGUCUGCCGGAGCAGCAUUUCUCACCGCUGAAGCGUGACUCAAGCUCGUCAUCGACACCGACAGACAUUGACUCGGAAAAUGACGAGCCCGUCGGCGCCAUACCAACACCACGCAUACAAUUAACCGAAGCCAUCAAUACACCUGUAAAAGCAGCCGAAGGCACAGCUUUUGAAGAAGAUACACGUGUUGGUGGUGUGCGUCAUCAAGCGGAAAUUGGCGCUGGCGAUGGUCCUGAUGUAACAGCAGGUGUAACUGUCGCUGAUGCGGUUGGUGUGGAGAAGAUGGAAAUAGAGCAGGAUGAUGCGCAACAAAACGAAGCACUAGCAGCUAAAGUUGUUGCCAAUUUGUCGGCGCUACAGGCCCCUGAAGCCGAUGAAAUGACUAGACUGCAAAAGCGUUUCGCCCAAAUGUAUGCAACAACUAACGCAGAAGAGCAGGAGCAACAGCAGUCCGUUACCGUAGCGGACGCCGACGAAAAUGCGCAGAAAGCAGAGCAGCAAGCGGAGGAGCUUGAUGAAUACAAGAAAUUGAAAUAACACUAGAUACAGUUACAUGUUAGUGGCUGGGUUUGGCAAUGGAGGAAUGAAGCAGGUGGUAGCAUGUCGGUUCGGGCUCGCCUUUGUUUUGCGCCGGUCUCUUGGGCGACGUAAACGUUUACACAUUACGCUUGGAGUCUUGUUAAAUAUUUAUAAAAAAAAAAAUAACAAAAACAAAACUACACUUUAAUUUAAUUAAUCGAUUUUAAUUUUAUGCAUUUUUUAAUAUUUUGUUUUUUCAUAUGUAUUUUUAAAUAUUUUAUAUAAUUUCUCGCAAUCCGAUAAUAUUUAUAACUUAUUAAUUUUUUUUUAUGGUUGUGUGUUGUAUUUUGCGCCAUCAUCAUAGCGAAAUGCAAACACUUUUUUUUAACUGUUACUCAUUGAACUUAAUAAUUUAAAACUGAGCGGAUAUUGAGUUCAUUUCCUUUUAUUUCAACUAGUGAAAUGUUAAAAGCAAUGAAAUUGAAUUUAGUAUCAUAUAUAUAUAUAUAUAUAGUAUGUUUGUACAUAUAUACAUACAUACAUAUAUUAUAUAAUAUAAAUAUUUUUAAAUAUUUUAGUGAAUGAAUAUUUAAAUGAUGUGCAUUAAUUGUAUGGAUUUUUAUAUGGAACAUCGAGCGAAACAAAUCAUAUUGAAUAAUUAUUAAAAUGUCAUAUUUUAAAUAUAAA